AUGGCACCUGUAGAAUUUUUCUUUUUAGGUUCUGGCGAUGGUAUACCUGUGAUCCCAGUCCCAGCUAUUUUGCCUCCUGUUGGUACUGGGAGUUGCUUGAGCUCAGCCAUGGGAUCGUCGUCUCGCCGGCGAGCUAUUGUCCUGCUCGUUGUCUUCGCGUCGUUCUUUGCCAGCGCGGCAGCGGCGGUUUCGCCGACGAACUCGUCGUCGUUCGUGCUGGCGGCGGCGCAGACGCGGCGGAAGGAUCCUCUCAGCGGGCUGAGGUACUACACCGGCGGCUGGAACAUCAGCGACAAGCACUACCUCGCCUCGGUCGGGUUCAGCGCCGCGCCGGUGUUCGUGGUCGCGGCGUUCUGGUUCGUCUCGCUCGCGCUCGCAGCGCUCGUCGCCUGCUGCUGCCGUUGCUGCUGCCGCCGCGGCGGCGGCGGCGACGGCAACGGUGGGUACUCCUACUCCCGCGCCGUCUUCGCCGCCUCCCUCGUCCUCCUCCUCCUCUUCACGGCCGCCGCCAUAAUCGGGUGCGUCGUGCUGUACGACGGGCAGGGCAAGUUCCACGGGAGCACGACGGCGACGCUGCGGUUCGUCGUGAACCAGUCGGACGGCGCGGUGGCCAGCCUGCGAGGGUUCACCGGGUUCAUCGAGACGGCGAAGGCGGCGGCCGUGGAGAAGGUCUCCCUCCCCGCCGACCUCCAGGGGAAGGUCGACGACGUCGUGCGCAGGGUGGACGCCUCCGCCGACGAGCUCGCCGCGCGCACCACCAGCAACUCGCGCAAGAUCCGCACCGCGCUGGAGACCAUAAGGAAAAUUCUCAUCGCCGUCGCCGCCGUGAUGCUGGCCAUGGCGUUUCUUGGCCUUGUGUUCUCCCUGUGCGGGCUGAAAUCAUUAGUGUACACCCUGGUGAUUUUUGGAUGGAUCCUGGUGACUGCAACAUUUAUACUGUCCGGCACUUUCCUUCUCUUGCACAACGCGGUGGGCGACACGUGCGUGGCCAUGGACGAGUGGGUGCAGCACCCGCAGGACCACACGGCGCUCGACGACAUCCUCCCCUGCGUCGACGCGGCGGCGACCUCGGAGGCGCUCCGCCGGAGCAAGGAGGUCAACUACCAGAUCGUCUCCGUGCUCAACAACCUCGUCUCCACCGUGGCCAACGCCAACGUCCCGCCGUCGUCGCAGCCGUCGCCGCCGGCCAACUACAAACAGUCCGGCCCUCCGGUGCCGCUCCUCUGCAACCCCUACAACGCCGACCUCACCGACCGCCCCUGCGCCGCCGGCGAGGUCACCGCCGCGAACGCGCCGCAGGCGUGGCAGGGCUACGUGUGCCGCGCCACCACCACGUCGUCGGGGUCGGAGAUCUGCGUGACCACGGGCCGCCUCACGCCGACGAUGUACUCCCAGAUGUUCGCCGCCGCCAACGCCAGCGCCGGGCUGCUCCAGUACGGCCCCGUGCUCGCCGACCUGGCGGACUGCUCGUACGUGCGGCGGGCGUUCCAGGCGGUGACGAGGACCCACUGCCCCGGCCUGAGGCGGCACAGCGGCAGGGUGUACCAGGCGCUGCUCGCCGUGUCCGUCGCCUUGGCGGCGGCCGCGGGCGCCUGGGUGGCGCACUCGCGGGAGCGGCGGCGGCGGAGCGAGACGAAGCGGUUCCAGGUGUCGCCCUACAGGUUCCCCAUCGAGGAGAAGGCGCUGCUCAAGAGCCCCCGGCGGCCGUACCGGCGAGGCGACAGCGGCAGGUUGGCGAGGUAGACGAAGGUCGCCAUAGAUGGAUGGAUGGUGCGUCGAACACUGCCAUGUAUAUUGAGCAGUUUAGGGAGUGUUUAUACUGUUUUGAUUAUUCUUAUUACUCCUUAAUGAUCUCCAUCUAACGUCGAUUAGGAUUGUAAGUAUGGAGUGAGAGUCACCACUCAUACUAAAAUGUAUAGCUUGAAAUAAUUUUCGUCUGAAAGAUGUGUAGCUUGAACAAAAUUUGCAUAAAUAGUCUGAACUUUCCGAGGUCUGACAUAUAAAU